AUGGCAGCUAAGCAGAGGGUUCUUCUCCCAUCUGACGUGCUUCCUGAAGAGUAUGAUCUCACUCUGGAGCCGGACCUGGAGCAGUUCACGUUUGAUGGCACUGUCAAAAUCACCUGCGACGUCCAAGUGGCCACCGACACUGUGAGCGUACAUGCAAUGGACCUUGUUCUUUCACAGGCAGUCUUCAAGCCAUCUGGGUCCAGCUCUACGCUCAAAGCAGAUGAGAUCACAACAAAGGCCAAGAUGAAGACGGCCACAAUUGGAUUUGAUGAAGUGCUGCCCGUUGGUAAGGGCGUGCUGGAAAUCAAGUUUCGUGGGAUACUGAAUGAUCAGAUGGCAGGCUUCUACCGCUCGCAAUAUACGGAUUCUUGUGGCAACAAGCGGUUCAUGGCCACCACCCAGUUCGAAGCGAUUGAUGCUCGACGCUGCUUUCCUUGCUGGGAUGAGCCUGCGAGGAAAGCGACAUUUGUCGUGACACUCAUCUACCCAGCGAAUCUCACAGCCAUCUCGAACAUGCCUCCAAGCCGUUCUGAAAUUCAGACGAAUGGUAAACGAAGGGAGACGUUUAUGUCAACUCCCAGAAUGAGCACCUACCUGUUGGCAUUCUGCAUUGGCGAGUUCGAGUUUAUUAGUGACAGCACGAAAGGAGGAGUUCUGGCACGGAUUUUUGCAUGUCCGGGCAAUGCUUCUCGGUGUAGCUUCGCGCUGAAGUGCUGCAUACGUGCUCUGGAAUUCUACAACGAAUUCUUUGGAAUUCCAUAUCCUUUGCCAAAGAUGGAUAUGAUUGCCAUUCCGGACUUUGCGGCAGGUGCAAUGGAAAACUGGGGUCUUGUUACCUACCGUGAGGUGGCAUUGCUUUGCGAUGAGUCCACUGUUUCCGCAACACAGAAGCAGCGAAUCUGCACGGUCAUUGCUCACGAGCUCGCGCACCAGUGGUUUGGCAAUUUGGUAACGAUGGAGUGGUGGGAAGACCUUUGGUUGAAUGAGGGCUUUGCGAACUGGAUGCAGACGUUUGCUUCUGACAAGCUCUUCCCUGACUGGCACAUCUGGGAGUCCUAUGUUGGGACAGAGCAGCAAAGAGCUUUGCAGCUCGAUGCGUUGCGAAGUAGCCAUCCCAUACAGGUACCAAUCGGGCAUGCUGAAGAAGUGGAGGAGGUUUUCGAUGCAAUUUCUUAUUGCAAGGGGGGAUCCGUGGUGCGGAUGAUUUACUCUGUUCUCGGCGAGAAGCACUUCCAAGAAGGUUUGCGACUGUACUUCGACAGACACAAGUAUGGCAACACCGUCACCACCGAUUUGUGGAAUGCUUGGAAGGAGGUGUCUGGCAAGCCUAUUGACAAGAUGAUGAGUUCAUGGACGCAGAAGAUGGGCUUUCCACUCCUGGAGGUCUUGAACGAUCCACUGGCUGACUCGUCCGGCGCUGUGCAGAUCCGGCAGAAAUGGUUUCUGGCAGAUGGCUCCAGCGAGCCAGCAGACGACGAGAAGACAUGGUUUUGUCCUGUGAUCGUUGGCACGGACAAAGGCACUGCGCCUGCUGGGUUCUUGGAGGAGAAGACUGGGAAGAUUGCGUGCGCGGAGUGUCUUUCAGGUGCUGCCAUGAUCAAGGUCAAUUUUGGACAGCAUGUUCCAGUCCGAGUUCUGUAUCCUGAAUCGGUCUUCAAGCGCCUGAUUCAGAACUUGGGCAGUGUGCCUGCAGAAGACAAGAUUGGCUUGCUGUCAGAUACAUUCGCCAUGAGCAAAGCUGGAGUUUUGGAUGCAGCUUUCCUGGUGGAUCUUUUGGCUGGCUUCAAGUCUGAGUUGAAUGACAAAGUGUGGUCAGAGAUUUCCGCCGUUUUGGGGGGUCUCGAAAAGGUGGUGUGCCAAGGUUUGGCAGAUGAGACAGCGCAAGCUUUCAAAGAGUUCUGCAGCAAGUUGGUAGUCCCUGCUUUCAAUCAUGUGGGUUGGGAAACUGCAAGCGCAGACAGCGACAACCGCAAGAAGCUGCGCAGCACCGUCUUGGCAGCUGUGUCAAAGUACUGCUCCCAGGACCCGACCAUUUCUGCAGAGGCAGUAAGGCGCUGCAAGGAGUUCUCCGCAGCACCGAAUGAUGCCUCGGUUCUUUCUGCAGACAUCCGAUCUGCAGUUUUCGAUGUGGCAAUGCAGAGUGACCAAGCAGCCAUCGUUUUUGAUGAUCUUGUCCAGUCCCAUGACGUGGUGACGGACGGCGCGGUCAAGAUCCACAUCUACGGCGCUUUGGGCAAAGCGGGUGGAGCUGCCCUCCAGAAGAGAGCGCUCGACUUCUGCUUAAGCGGAGCUGUUCGGUCUCAGGACUUGAUCUACAUUCCCAUGGCCAUGGCCACGAGCGGUAAAGUGGGUGCAGACACAGUCUUCUCUUGGAUGCAGAAUGAGUACAGCCGCAUCUAUGAGAUGAUUGGUGCCACCUCCAUGAUGUUAUUCCAGAACAUGGUGCGGGUUUCAGGAGCAGGUUUUGUCACAGAGAGCAAGGCCGAAGAGGUGUCCGCUUUCUGGAAGACCCGUGACGUGUACAAGAACAUAGAGAAAGCUCUGGCGCAGACGGUCGAAGGCAUCAAGUCCAACUCCAAGUUUGUAGACAGGUUGAAGGGAUCCAAAGCAGCGCUCGCUUCAACCUGGAAAGCCGCAAUGGCCAGCAGCAGCUUGUGA